AUGCUUAAAACAGCUUUAAGAAACUUCGGGACUUUAACAUCCAAAAAGCCUGUUUACAAGAAGCUCCAAACAAGAUUCAACAAGCUCUAUGAUGAAACGACAGCAAUGCCUUUAUUCUUGCGUUUAGCAUGGCAUGACGCAGGGACUUUUGACGCAGCAACUAAAACUGGUGGUCCUAAUGGAAGUAUCAGAUUUGACAAAGAGCUCGCCCAUGGUGCCAAUGCUGGACUUACAUGGGCAAGAGACCAAAUUGUUAUUAUAAAGGCUGACUUUCCAGAUGUAAAUUACGCGGAUUUGAUCCAAGCAGGAGGAUAUAUUGCUGUUGAGUACUGCAAAGGCCCAGCAAUCGCUUUCAAAUUUGGAAGAAAAGAAGCUCCUGAUGAUUCUCACUGCACCCCUGACGGAAGGUUGCCUGACGCCAAGCUAGGAGCUGAUCAUCUCAGAAGUGUUUUUGGAAGGAUGGGAUUCAAUGAUAAAGAAAUCGUCGCUCUAAGUGGAGCACAUACAUUAGGGCUAGCUCACAAAGACAGAAGCGGGUUUGAAGGGGAAUGGACUACUAAUUCCAAUACAUUUGAUAACGCUUAUUUCACUGAGCUGCUUAAACCCCAGCCCAACCCUAAACUUCUAAGACUCCCAACCGAUGUGUGUCUACUGCACGACAAGAAGAUGAGAAAAUGGGUCGAUAAGUUUGCAUUUGAUUCUGCCGAUUUCUUCAAAGAAUACGCUAAGGCUCAUAAAAAGCUUUCUGAGCUAGGUAAUUAA